AUGAAUGCUGAAUUAUUGCUCGAUCUGCCAGCUCUGUUGAUUUUGUUUGUUGUUGAGUCAAAAUUAUCCUUCAUUUCCUUUUCACAUUUGUUUUAUCAGCUACUUUGGAUCAUAUUGGUGGCAUCCUGCGCUGCUCUAUUAAUUCAAUCCAUGGCAGCCAAUCUUGGGGUCAUCACUGGAAAGCACUUAGCAGAGCAUUGUAGAAAUGAAUAUCCUUGGGCUACCAACUUUAUUCUUUGGUUUAUUGCUAAAAUUGCCAUAGUCGCCUGUGACAUUCCUGAAGUAAUUGGGACAGCCUUUGCAUUAAACAUGCUUUUCAGCAUACCUGUUUGGAUUGGUGUUAUUCUGACAAUACUCAGUACAUUGAUCCUCUUAGCUUUCCAGCAAUAUGGGGUUAGAAAACUUGAAUUCUUGAUUGCAUUUCUAGUAUUUACAAUUGCUGCAUGCUUUUUUGCUGAGCUUGGAUAUGCAAAACCUGUUGCUAAAGAAGUUUUGAAGGGUCUUUUUGUGCCAGAACUAAAAGGAAGCGGUGCUACUGGUCUCACGAUUUCACUCCUAGGGGCUAUGAAAUUUGGAGAUCCUAUGUUUCAUAGGCAUGUUGCAGUUGCAAGUAUUUGGGGUCUAGUAGCAUUAUGGCUAGCAGAUGAAGAGUUCUUACCUUUUGAUUAUCAAUCAUAUGCUAAGGAGCUCCAGCUUAAUGUGAAGAACUUGGAAGAUGAGAUUUCAAAUAAAGACAUGAAUUUGUCUCCUAUAUUGAAGUCAAUCAAGGAGCUUGAGAAAGCAGCAAUCAAGAUAAAUGACCAGAGAAAGGAAAUAGAAGCAAGUAAAGGUUGGAGAACAUGGAAAGAGUACCAAAUGAAAGUAAGAGAUGUGAAUGAUAGACUUAUGAUGGAUGAACGUGCAUUCACUGACAGAGAUGGCCUCUUAGGAAUGACAUGGCAUAAGCAUUUGGGUUCUAACUUCUAAGAAAGAUGAAAUUGAAGAAACCAAGCAAGCAAAGUAGAGAAGAAACAUCAAACAUGGCUGCUACUGUUGGAAUCACAGAAUUUAUUGGAGCAGAGAUGAUUGAGAAGGCAAUUUCUUAGUAGAUGAAGCUAUUUUAUUCAAGAUAAAGUCAAAGAAGGCAAAGGUCCUUGUUGAGGUAAAUCUAUAUUGCGCCUUUCAAUUGAAAGGCAAAUUCAGUUGCCAAAUAUUAGUAUAGUUGUGAUGUGUGUGUGAAGACCAUUUAGAAGGAUGAAUUUUUAAAACUCUGCUUUGUGACAACUUCUAUAUCAGCAAACUCUAUAAAUAAAGAAGAGAGCUGUGUCAAUACAAACUGUGUUUUCUUCC